UUCACUAACAUGACUUCUAAUCGGAUUUUCCCAGCAGAUGACUUCGGAAUUUAUUAUGUCCUCACAGACCACUUGGACCCGGUAGCGGUGACUGAAGCAAAGGAGACCCCCAUCCACCUGCAGGGGGGGACAGGCCUGCGGAACCUGGGCAACACGUGCUACAUGAACGCCAUCCUGCAAUGCCUCUGCAGCAUCUCCCCGCUGGUGGAAUACUUCCUCUCAGGAAAGUACAUCACCGCCCUUCAAAAGGACUGCAGUGAGGUGGCCACAGCUUUCGCCUACCUGAUGACAGACAUGUGGCUCGGAGACUCAGAUUGUGUCUCCCCAGAGAUAUUCCGGUCAGCUCUUGGCAACCUCUACCCCACAUUUAUGAAGAAGACACAACAAGAUGCCCAGGAAUUCUUGAUCUAUGUGCUCAAUGAACUUCACGAGGCUCUGAAGAAGUACCAUCGAAGAUCGAGUGACAAAAAAAACACGCAAAGAUGCUGCAGGAAGGCGAUCGCCAACGAGACGUCCAUCAUCACGCGGCUGUUCGAAGGGCAGCUCAAUUACGGCAUCACCUGUUUGAAGUGUGAGAACUGCACGUACAAGAACGAAGUCUUCACCGUCCUCUCCCUGUCCAUCCCAUCCCAGUACCAGUGCUCCCUUCAGGACUGUCUCCAGUGUUUCUUCCAGCAAGACACACUGACCUGGAACAACCAAAUUCAUUGCUCUUUUUGUGAAACCAAGCAAGAAACAGCGGUGAGGGCCAGUAUUUCCAAAGCACCUAAAAUAAUUAUUUUUCAUCUAAAAAGGUUUGACAUCCAAGGUACAACAAAAAGAAAACUGAGGACAGACAUCCAUUACCCGCUGACUAACCUGGACCUCACUCCUUACAUUUGUCCAAUUUUCCGGAAACAUCCCAAAUACAACCUCUGUGCUGUGGUGAACCACUUUGGCGAUCUGGAUGGCGGCCACUACACGGCUUUCUGCAAGAACUCAGUAACCCAAGCCUGGUAUAGCUUUGAUGACACGCGAGUCAGUGAGAUUCCAGAUACUUCUGUGCAAACCGCCACCGCCUACCUCCUGUUCUACAGCUGCCAGCCCUUUUCUAUCCCCAUACAGAAGUGUAAGUGCUAG